AUGAAGGCUCCAAAGGCUAAAACUGUGGCGAAGGAUGAGAAAGUCCUCACCAAGGUGAAGGACAGUGGUGUGAAGAAGUCUACGGUAAAGACAAAGGAGGCUGCUAAGAAGGCCGUUGUUAACAAGGUCAAGAAGAGCAAGAAGGCUCCUACCCCUUCUGAAAGCUCCGAUUCUGAGAGUGAGGAGAGCCGUGAGAGCUCUGAGAGUGAGGAGGAGAGUGAAGAUAGCGAGGAGGAGACCGCUCCUGUGAAGAAUGGCGCCACUGCUUCUUCUGACUCCUCAUCCGAAUCUUCAGAGUCCGAGGAUGAGAAGCCAGUUAAGAAUGGCGCAAAGGUUGCCAACGGAAAGAAGGAGGACAAUGAUAGCGAGAGUGACGACGAGGACAGUGACGAUUCUGACAGCUCUGACGAUGAGGUAAAGGAGGCCCCCAAGGAGGCUAAGAACAUCAAGGCCGAGGGUGAGGACUCUGAUGACUCGGAUGAGUCUGAAGAUUCUGAAGAAUCCGACUCUGACGAGCCUGCCAAGGCAGAGAAGGACGACAACGAUGACGACGAUGACGACGAGGAAGACUCUGACGAUUCUGACUCCAGCGAAGAGGAGGAAGCUGAGAAGCCACAACAGAAGAAGCGCAAGGCCGAAGAAGAACCCGAGCCUGCCGCUAAGAAGGCCAAGGUUAACCUUCCUGAUGGCGCUUCCGCCAACCUCUUUGCCGGUAAUCUCUCCUGGAACGUCGAUGAGGAGUGGCUCCGCUCCGAGUUCGAGGAGUUCGGUGAGCUCGUAGGCGCCCGCAUCGUCACUGACCGUGAAUCCGGUCGAUCCAGAGGAUUUGGCUACGUUGAGUUCGCCAACGUCGAGGACGCCGUCAAGGCCCAUGCUGCUAAGAAGGAUGCUGAGCUCGACGGCCGCAAGCUGAACCUCGAUUUCGCCAACGCCCGCACCAACGCUGGUGGAAACCCACGCGAGCGUGCCGACAGCCGUGCCAAAUCUUUCGGCGACCAGACCAGCCCUGAGAGCGACACCCUCUUCCUCGGAAACCUCCCCUUCUCUGCCGACGAGAACGCGGUCCAGGAACUCUUCUCCAAGCACGGAUCUAUCUUGGGCAUCCGUCUCCCAACCGACCCUGACUCAGGCCGUCCCAAGGGCUUCGGCUACGUCCAGUUCUCUUCCGUCGACGAAGCUCGCGCUGCCCUGGAGGCUGAAUACGGUGCUGACCUUGGUGGCCGUGCCAUCCGUAUCGACUUCAGCACUCCCAGACAGCCCGGUUCCGGCGGCGAUCGUGGCGGCCGCGGUGGUGGUCGUGGAGGUCGUGGCGGCCGUGGCGGACGUGGUGGCUUCGGUGACCGCGGUGGCCGUGGAGGCGGUCGUGGAGGCCGUGGCGGUGCUCCCUCCUUCGCCGGCAAGAAGACUACUUUCUAG